GCGGAAGAUUUCUUUCAAGGCUCUUUCGAAGGUCAGAGCUAAGCAAUUUCAAGCCAACCCUGAGUUGCAGCAGGGCUACAAGAACGGCGCUAUUGCUAAGUCCAAGAGCCACACGCGUCGCGCAAUCGAUGCGCAAGAUUCCAGAGAGGGUGGCCGCGACUUGUGGCUCUUCACGCCAGAUUGGAAAUCCUGGCCCUCGGCAUCGGGCAAGCAGCACGGAAGACAAGGCAACCUUUGGACCUGCCGCCGAGUCUCCUUGCGGGCAGAGUUUCGCAACCAGUGCAAGGGCAGGCCGGGGAGUGCGGGCAAGUGCCCCGGAGCCCAGUGGAGACUUUGGCAGAGGCUUCAGGGCAGUCCCGCUAACAGAGACAAGCUUCUUCAGAUCUGGAACUUGCACCAGAGUGCUGCGGAUAGUCUCUUCGUUUCCGGCGCUCCUCAGGCCUCGGAGUCUCGGCUCGCUACUGCCGGCAGCGGCAAAACGCGACACCUUCCGGGCGUCAAGACUGAGGCUGGUUCUAAGAAGAACGAGGCCAGACUGCAUGGGGAAAAGGUCCUUGUUGCGCAUGUGGAUGGCACUUGUAUUCCCGGGGUUUACUCCCCGCCCGACUGUGAAGAGGAAACGGCUGGCCUCCUUCUUGACUCGUGGACGGCGAAUCAGGUGCAUAGAUCACAUGGGUGGGUCGCGCUGGGUGACUUCAACGCCCCCCCGCCGAUGGGUGCUGCUUCUGACUCCCCUUGCGGCUCCUUCUUUAGAUCCUGGGGCGGUUAUGCUGUUACUGAUGGCAAACCCACAAGGUGGGAAGGCACUGAAGCGAUCGAUUGGUUUAUCGCUGGGGCCAACUCUGCUCUCCAGUGGGAGGGGCAGUGCCGACACACGGCUCUCAGCGACCACGUACCCGUCUGUGCCUCACUCGUCAGGCAAACGCCCAGCACGCAGGCUGGACGCCUCAAGCCUGGCCCUAAAUGGGUGAGACCUGCGUCGCUGCCUCAGAAGGACUGGGAGAGUUUGCUGCAGAAGGAAUGGACCGCCCUGGCCUCUGUGUCCGGGCCUCUUUCUGACCUCGCUGCGGCCUUACGAAAGAACAGCUCAGACGUGCAGGCCUGCUGGGACUUGUUCAUGUCUGCCCUCUACAGUACCUUUCACAAUGCGACUAGAGCGGCCUCAGUGAGCAGUGCUGACCCUGUAGUCAAACGCGAGUGUCAUGAUCUUUUGCAUCAAACCGGCAUGCGUGCAGAGUGGAAGGGCAAGCCGGCUAAACAUCAGACCGUGAGUGUUGCGGAUCUGUCUAGAGGCCCUCCCGGCACCCAAGAAGCUAACCGUAGGCUCAACCGCAGACUCGCCAGGCUGUAUGAGCUUCGUAAUCUUACCGCCAAGGCGGUGCAAAGAGACGAGCAGGAACUCACGCCUGCAAUGGUAGCUUUGUGUGCUAAGCUGUGGAGAAACCGCCCUCUCCCUGACAGGGUCACUCAGCUUGCCGGGCUGUGUCGGCAAGAGAUUAGCGACACGAAGAGCUCUCGCGAGUCGUUAGAGAAGUCACAGAAGCAGAAAAACUGCACUGAGUGGCGGAACCAGCUCAAGGACCCUUCGCUUCAGGGCCUGUCGCGCUGGCUGCGCGGUAAGGACCAGGACCCUGCUGGAGUUGUGGUUUUUGACGACCAAGGGGACGCCUUGGACAGUCAGGAGGUCACAGACAAGAUCAAUCGACACUGGCGUCAGGUUUGGAUGGAGCAGCGACAGGCGGAGAGCCCUACUCCUGAAGCCAUCGCCACCACCCUCGUGCAGGACUUUGGCAAGCCAGUGGUCACUUCCUGGUCUGAGUGGUCCGAGCAAGAUCUCAGAACGGCUCUGGCCAAGGCGUCCCGUUCCGCAGGGACAGACUCUUGGAGCGCAGCAGAAAUCCGUUGCUUACCUCCUGAGGCGGUGCACACUUGGUUUCUUCUGACCCAGCAAUGGCUGCGAUGUGGCACUUUGCCGCUCCAGCUUCGCCAGGUGCGGAUGGUUAACUUAGUGAAAGCUCACAAAGUUCGUGCCAAUCGCCGGCUUUCCGUCGCGGAUUGCCGGCCCAUAAGCGUAAUGUCUGUCUUCUGGCGGGUGUUCGCCAGCGCUUGGAGCCGAAAAGCCAGGGCGUGGAUGGACAGCAACUUGCCGGCCGAGGUCGGUUCGCGCGCUGGGGCUGCGGGAGCUGAAGGCUUGGCGUCCGAGCUCCAGGAUGCUCUUGUGUGUGAUGGAGGUUUCCUUGCCUCGCUGUGCUACGACCGUAUGCAGGGCGACGCCGCCACCGCCGCGCUGGAGCAGCUCGGUUGGCCCGGCGAGCUGUGUCGGCUCAUGCGGGAAGCUUGGGUCCAUGACAGAUUCGUGAGCUGGGAUCAACACACCAGCUCCGACGUGCUCAAAGCGUCGGCCGUUCCGCAGGGGUGCCCCCUGGCGCCGGUCACUCUCCUGAUUUGGAUGACCAGUGGUUUUCGUUGGACGGAGGCCCAGCUUACCCACACUGGGGCGUCCCUCACCCGCAUUUACAUGGACGAUCGCAGCUGGUGGGCGAGCCGAUGGAGUGGUGUGGAGGAGCGCAUCAACAGCUGGACCUCCUGGAGUCGCCGAGUUGGGCUCAAGGAGUCCACCUCCAAGACCCAGAUCACGGCGAAGGGCAGAAUCAGUCGCACGUUGCUGGCGCUCAAUGCUGACCCGGCCUGGAUACGCGAGGAUGCUAAGAUUUUGGGCUGUACCACGGUCACGUCGGGCAGGCGGCGGGACAGCGAGACGGAAACGGAUCGCCUGGCGCGGGCGGCUCGCAGAGCCUCGCUCCUGAGAUGCACUGGGCUCCCUUGCUAUCAGAUGCAGAAGGCUUUCCAGUAUUUUUGUGAGCUCCAUUGCUGGUUUCGGCCGGAUAGGCAAGCUUCCGACAAGGCGGGUGACGGAUGGCCUCUUCCAGGCCUUUUCGAGGGCUACGGAUCAUCAGCAUCGGGCCUCCAGUCCGCUCCUCCGCAGAGUCUUGUUCGGUGGGGCCUUGCACUUGGACGUCAAGGUUGCUUCGGGGCUCUUCGCACGGCUGUGCCGUCGGCGCCACCGAGGCAUUGUGACGCGCUGGCACUACAGGGCAGCGUCCUCGGUCGGCCUCCUUCGUCGGUGGCUCAAGGGGCAGGGCUGGCGAGAGUCUAG